AUGAGUGAAGCCGCACUGUCAUCCAUCAUCAAACGUCUCGAGUCCGCCACGGUCAAACUGGAAGAGAUGGCGAGCAAGGGAUUUACAAGUGCAUCGAAUGUGGCAACAUCUGCAACAACAGGAACUGGAGCAUCUGCCAGUGGACCGACCUCUGCUGCCGUGUCUGCGUUCGAUGAGUUCAUGCUCACUACAAAGACAUACGUCGACCUGAGUGCUAAAAUCGGCGGGCUUGUCAAGGAACAGGCCGAUAUUGUCAUGACGGCCUUUGCUGCUGAACGUCGCCUCAUUGAAAUCGCUGCUGCAUCCAAAAAACCAGAUCAAACUACUCUGCAAGGACUUGUAAAGCCACUGAUUGAUGCUGGUGGCAAGGUCACGGAAAUCAAGGACAAGAAUCGCGCUUCUCCUUUGAUUGCCCUCUUGAGUGAAGUCUCGGAAGGAAUCAGUGGGCUUGGAUGGGUUGCUGUGGAACCUGCUCCUGCUCCGUUUGUUGGCGAGUACAAGGAGACGGCUCAAUUCUGGGCAAACAAGGUUAUCAAGGAAUGGAGGGACAAAGACAAGUCAUACGUUGAUUGGGCAAACAGCUUUGUGCAAAUCUUGAAUGAAUUGCAAACCUAUGUCAAGAAGUGUCAUACCACUGGAUUGGUUUGGAAUCCCAAGGGUGGAGAUGCCAAGUCAGCACCUGGUUCAUCAGCUCCAGUCGUAGCUGCUGCAGCUACAACAGCAGCUGUCGCCGCCGUGACUGGCCCCGCCUUGUUUAGUGAAUUGAACAAGGAAGGAAGUGUUACUGCUGGUUUGAGGAAGGUUGACAAGUCUGAAAUGACGCACAAGAACCCUGAUCUUCGAGCUACCAGUGUUGUUCCCGCCGCUGCUGUUGUGCCAAAAGCUGCUCCUGUUGCUGCUGCUCCAACCAAACCCGCCAAAUUUGCCCUUGAAGGUGCCAAAUGGGCUGUGGAAAACCAAGUGAACAACCCCAACCUCGUCAUUGACAACGCAGACAUCAAACAAUCUGUAUAUAUCUACAAUUGUCAAAACUCUACCGUACAAAUCAAGGGCAAGAUCAAGGCUGUUGUCCUUGACAAUUGCAAAAAAGUGGGUGUAGUCAUGGACACCAUCCUAUCAACAGCCGACAUUGUGAACUGCAAAUCAGUCCAAGUGCAAAUCACUGGCACCUGUCCCACCUUGAACAUCGACAAGACGGAUGGAAUUCAAGUCUUUUUGAGCAAAACUGCUCUUGGGGUUGAGAUCUUGACUGCCAAGUCAUCUGAAAUGAAUGUAUCGUUUGAAGGAGGUGCUGAUGGUGACUUUGUUGAAAAGCCGAUUGUUGAGCAAUUCAAGACUGUCAUUAAGAAUGGGGUUUUGAUUACUCAGAGUGUUGAGCACAGUGGUUGA